AUGGCAGACGGCAUGGCCGCUGCGCAUCGGCCACUGCUUCGCACGCUCUUCCUCCUCGUCUUCGUCCGCAGCUGUCGCGGCGCUACCGCCUCGUCGGAAUCGCCGCACUGCGUCGACUACCACGAGUACUGCGCGUGGAACGCCAGCACGUCGUCGUGCACGUUCGACCAGUCGGUAUCUUUCACCUGCGGACCGCGGCCUUCGAUAUCACGUUUGACAGGGGUGUCGGUCCACACCACCAGCACCUCAACUUCCGCCGGCCAAACACCCCACGCGCCCCAGACGGCGGUCGAUGGCUACACGUGCCACUGGGACGUCGCUGGCUCGCUCGCGCUGGCCCCAGGCGUCGCCGUUGCCGUCGACGGCGACGACUGUUUGCUGCACGUCGGCGCUGGGCAGACGGUGCUCGUGGGCGCCCGCGCGACGCUCCGGGCCACGUCCAUGAGCCUCGAGGCCGCGUUCGUGCACUUGGCAGCGCAGGCGCAGCUCACGGCGUCGUACAGCGGCGUGUUCCGCGCGCAGGACGGACUGUUUACCGGCACCGACGUGUGGGGCGCGAGCUACGGCGGCGGCGGCGGCCAGCGCCUCAUUGCGAACGCGUCGAUGCUCACGGAGCAGACCACGCACGGGUUCUUUGACGUGCGCGGGCGGACGGCGCGCGUGGACCACACGAAGGACGGGAAAGAAGUGCUGCUGCAGCAAAGCAGUGCGGGCUGGCAGCUGGCGGCGCUGUGGGCGAUCGAGAAGGAGCUGUUGGCCGACGCGGUCGCGCGGAAGCAGUCGGGGGACGCGGCGGCCGAUCCGAGUGCGCUGAUUGCGCCGUUUCUAUUGGGCAGUGGGAGUCGAGCGACGGUUGGGGCCACGGCAGACGAGGGCCAAGAAGGUGCGAGCGAGCGUGAACACGUUGUUGCUACGGUCAGUGGAGGCGGUCGGAUCCAAAUUCGAGCAUCGAAAGACGUCGUUGUGAUGGAAGGCGCGACGAUUCAGGCGAACGGAGCAGCUGCUGUGGAUGGUGUCAGUGGCGGCUCGGGCGGCUCGGUCUACAUCUUGGCCAACGCGCUGUCGUUGAGAGGGGCCGUCCAGGCGAAAGGAGGGGACGCAUUUUGCACGGACCGGGCAGUAGACCGUGGUAUUACGGACUGUUUUCCUGCAGGAGGCGGUGGCCGAGUGCAGGUUAGCUACAUGUCCAGUCAGCUGGACAGCAGUGCGAUUGAUACAACUGGAGGCACACUCCGAUCGGACCAAGUGAAGAGCUUGUUAGCAAUGAGUAGCCGCUUUCGCCACGUGCAGAUUUCAGCGCUUGCUGGUGCAGCGGGUACGUACUACCAAGUAGUGCAGCAUUUGAACGGCGUGCAUGAGGCCCACCUUCUUGUUGACAACGGCUUGCAGCGUCUGUGGCCCAAUCGUGUGGAAGCUGAUGACGGAGAAGCUGUGGAGUUUGACGUCACGGACACGGUGAUCGGUGGUGCGGUCACGAGUUUAUACAUCGAGAAUGACGCGGCAGAGAAUAUUGAUGCAUUGACGAUUUCCGACGGUGCUGUUGUUGCCUCGAGCUGCCUGAAGCUGCCGGGAGGAGACCUUACAGUUAUCAAUGGAUCAUUCCUGUUGGAUGCACUGCGGUUGACGCACCAACGGCCUACUUUGAUCGGUAGUCAUUUUGGCAACGAGUCUUCGUUUCUGAAAGUUCGAGUGCGUGACAUGGUCGUUUCCAGUGACUCGCACAUUAUCAUGCCUACUAGCGCACUACAGCUGUCUGCUCGCUCUUUGUCGAUGGAUGGCACUACUGUUUUAGAGUUUGCAAGGAGCGCACAAAUUGUUGCAAGCGGGAGCGUUCACUUGGACGCCAAUGUAUCGAGCGCCCUUGAUUCUAGUGAUGCGGGAAUUGCAACAACGAAUGGGUUUGACGAGAAAGUGCUGGCGGUGGUAAGUGGAGGUGAUGUUGUACUGGGUGGAACAAUAUCUGUUGGAGUGCUAUCUGUGUCUUCCGAGCACUCAAUUUCAAUAAAUGGCCACGUGGAAGCGCUCAAUAGUCCAAAUAUGAAAGCGAUAUUUGGCUCCUGUGGAGAGCAACAGUGGCCAUCGCUUCGUUCAUUGGAAGAAGACGUGGUGAAGAACGAUACACAGUUUGGAUCGGAGCAGGUGUCUGCGGCGUUAAGUAUCCUGUCAGCGUCGUUGAUAGCAAGCAAUUUUACGCUAGUCUUACACGCGCUUGGAUCAAUUUAUGUCGGUACCGCGGAAGUGGAAGAGCAACAACUUGACGAUCAAUUCUUGCAGAAUGAUGAACUUUUGAUACAACAUAUUGGCCUUGUGCGCGGAGGAGCCGUCUUGUUGUGCGCAACUGACUCUGUCGAAAUCUCUCAAGGAUCUGUCGUCUCAGCAGAUGGAACUGGAGAAUUGGCGAAUCAGGGCCCGGGCAUGGGAUCGUGUGUUGGCUCCAUCGGGGGAGGUGCGGGAUACGGUGGUAAUGGAGCUGAUUCAAGCGUGGUGACUGCAACUGGUACUUAUGCACCUGGCGGUCUGCCGUAUGGAACUCGAUCCGGUGCAGGCAUGCUAGGCUCAGGUGGCGGUUGUGUGGAUGGCGGAAAUGGUGGUGGUGUCGUAUUGCUUGGUGCAACCGGUCUCGUACUCAAUGGCGAAAUUCGUUGCAACGGCGUUGGUGGGGCAAACGGUGCAGGUGGUGGCUCCGGCGGGUUCUUGGGGCUCUCUGUCGCACAAUUUCUGCGUGGUCAUGGGCAUAUCAGCGCUGUCGGUGGUGGCUCGGAAUGUAUUGACACUGUCAAUAGCGUCGUGAGUGCCUCAGCAUUUCAGGCAUCAUCAGAUUUAUAUACUGGAACCAUUCAAGGUGAUGUUGCCGACGGCAUUGAGGCACCACCAGCUCCAACAAUCAUUCCUCGCCUUUGCGGCGGUGGUGGCGGUGGCGGUCGCUUGCAGCUUACCGGCUGCGAGCUGAGUACCUUUGAUCGGUGCACAAGAGGAUUUGAUGGUAAUUACACAGUGGCAGGAGGAGCCACCUCGUACAAUCCAGCUAGCAGUGAUAGCGACGCACCAGCAUUGCCGGCACCAGCCACUGAAGAAGCGCCGAACUACCUAGUACCGGCUGGCGCAAGUGGCUCGUUCUUUGGUUUUCCAUGCCCACCUGGCUCCGGCGGAUUGUUCUGUCGGUUGUGCGCCGUAGGGAAAUACAAGUCUGAGAGCAACAGUGCCAAAUGCGUAUUGUGCAGCAAUGCGCCGGCAAACGCGCACUACAUUGGCCGUGGUGCCACCAGCGCGCAAUGCGAUUGGGCAUGCGAUCCCGGAUAUUCAGGAUAUCACUGUGUAUCGCCAAUCCAGCAGUUACUGGAUGCAUGCGGCGGUGAAAUUGGUUUUGCUCUUGUGUUGAUGGGCAUAGUGACUUUCUUUAUUUCUCUCGGAUACGCGUGUCGAAACCGCAAAGAGCCAUCGUACACUCGUAUGUACAACAGUCGGGAUACGAAGGGUGAACGGCAACAUUUACUUUCAUCGGCUGUAGCGAACUCGCAGCGCAGCUGGUUUGUGUCGAUCUUUCGGUGCUUUUACUGGCCACGAGUUGUCUACCCGAAGCUCAUGGAGCGUGAUCUACCCGAGCACAUGUCCCGUUUAUACUUGGCUGGGUACAACGAUCCUGACUCGCCGCUGAAGCUUCGGACGACAGUGCCGCCAUCGCUUAAGAAGGUUUUGUACGAUGUCGAGUUUAAGAACUUGGCGGACCGCAUUAACCGCGUUUUGGCCUGGCAACGUGGUCCUUGCUCCAGCUGGGGGGAGGUUGUGUAUUAUCUAGUGGCAUUGAUAUGCUACCCAUUCGCGUCCGAGGUGAAGCUGUUCCGACGACAUAUUCGUGUGAACGAGCUCAAGCGGAUUGUUGCGAAGUACAACCACGCCUGUAUGAAAGGGCCUCGAGCUCGUGGUCUACUCAAUGCCGUAAAGCUCGGCUAUUGUGCUGAUUACUCUCUUGUUUACCUUGAGUUAUUGUACAAAGAGAGCUCACAGUCCGUGUGUGUGCCCACAACAAAGAUUGGCAAGCCAUCGCUGCCGCUUGUGCUACUAUUUGCUGGUUGCGGAACAUACUUCUCGCCGUUCUACUUGGACCCGAAUGAUCUGCUUGUGCGAUCUAUCCCUCAGUGUCCUGAGCUAACGGCGUUUAUUGAUGAGCCAUGGAUUGAAUUUGUUGCCGAGCUCAACGAGCUGCUACGUGUCGUGCAGCGCGAUGAGGUUUCACUAGUGGACUCGCUUCUGCCUGCUGCAGUGUACUUGGAGAAACAACGCGCUUUAUCUGCGCUAGGGAGCAACUCAAGUAAGCUAGGGGGAUUGCGCAUUUAUCUUGGUAGAUUCUACGUGCGAGACGAGCUGAACAUGGGGGAGGAAUUUAAGCUCGGCCUCUUUCUUUCGACAGCAGAAGAUUCAUGUGACAACGUUGACAACAAUCGCAGCUCCCAGCAGUUGGCGUCAGUCCCAAGUCGGCAAGGUUACAGUAGCAACUGUUGGAAAGACCCGGAUUGCUACAACAUCAAUGAUGUGUACGGAUACGGUCGUGGGAGUUCACUUGAUUAUCCUGGACCUCAUCGUAAUGGCAGCUUUGGCAACGACGACAUGCUGUACGACACGAAUAGGUCGAGCACAGCAGUCAGCAGCAACGAACUGUCACAAGUGAGCAGUCGCACUUCCACUGCUCCAGGAAGCGGCAACGCUCUGGCCCAAAUCCCUGUGAGUAGCAUUCGAGAAGAGGCACUACGAAUACGUUCUUCUAGUUCGCCUAGAGAUGGGCUGACCGGGAGUGGGCAUUCAGGGCGAAACGUGAGCGCGGAUGAUGCGUUGGUGGGAUCGGCGUCUGCGAAGAAGAGGACUGUAAACAGCGCAUCGCAUCGCAUUUAUUACGAAGGCUGGCUUGGACCCGUUGAUGGCUCGCUGCCCGUCCCGGGGGUGCUGAUAUGUGCUGACGAGCUGCGCGGACGUCUCGCUGCUAGGGCGCCGCGUCAAGUGUUGACGUCGUUUCUUCGCCGCCAUCUGCUUCCUCGAAACUUGCCUCGCAGCAGUUCACUCAACCUGUCGUGGAUGCUGAGCAUUUCAUUGCUCACGCUUCUCAUGGUUGAUCUCGCAAUCACCUUCGCCAUUUUGGUCAACUUAAAAUGUGUUACCGACGGUGAAAUCGACCACGAUUGCAGCGCCUCUAUCAUGAUCCCAGUGCUGCUCAUUCCACCGUUCGCAAUCGUCCUGUCGCCGGUUAUGGGUAUCGUGUCACUUGCGCUUUCGUCCUCAACAUUCACACGGCGCUUUUCGGUCUGGAACGCACUGUCAAUGGUAAGUGUCGGAAUAGCGAUUUUCGCUUGCAUCGCACAGUCCAGUCGGCUCGUAGCGCCAUGGUUUGCAGGUCCGUUACCACUGCUGCCAGUAAUUGCCAUGGGCAUAAAGGCUGGUCAAGCUUACCUGGUAGAACGAUACAUCGCUUUCCAAGAAACUCAGCGUCUACGUCGCGGCUGGCGCGGCAUCAUGAAGCGCCGGCUCUCGGACGCCAGUGUCCCCGCCGAGUCACCGUAG